AUGGUUAGGCAUUUUGGUAAAGGGCACAAGAGAAGGAAGAAAGGGGAGAGGUAUGAUAAAGACGAAGAUGAAGUGGAAGAUCAACAAGUUGAAGAAGAGCAAACUGAUAGUGAGAAUGAAUUGAGUGCUCAAAAUGGUGAAGGAAAAACAGAAGAAGAAAAAGAAAUGCAACUAUCAGAAGUAGAGGGCAUUCCUAUUGUCCCAAGUGAUCAAACUGGCAAGAAACCUGGGGUCAUAUUUGUGCUCGAAAAGGCUUCUUUGGAAGUUGCAAAAGUUGGAAAGAAUUACCAAAUUUUGAAUUCUGAGGAGCAUGCCAAUUUCCUGAGGAGGAAUAAAAAAAAUCCUGCUGAUUACAGGCCUGACAUUAUUUAUCAGGCUCUCCUAUCUAUCUUAGAUAGCCCAUUGAAUAAGGCUGGUUGGUUGCGAGCUGUAUAUGUGAAAACAGAUAAAGGUGUUCUUUUUGAAGUUAAGCCAUAUGUUCGUAUUCCAAGGACUUAUAAGCGUUUUGCUGGUAUUAUGUUGCAGCUGCUUCAAAAACUGAGUAUAGCUGCUGUCGGUAAGCGUGAGAAGCUUUUGCGUGUGAUCAAGAAUCCUGUAACACAAUACCUACCUUUAAACUCUCGUAAAAUAGGUUUCUCCCAUAGCUCCGAAAAAUUGGUCCAAAUGGAUAAGUAUGUGACUGGAGUUGGUGAUGACAUGGACCUUGUUUUUGUGGUUGGUGCUAUGUCCCAUGGUAAAAUUGAAUGUGAUUACAUAGAUGACUUUAUAUCAAUUUCUGAAUAUCCGCUGAGUGCUGCCUGGUGUAUUGCAAGGGUAUGUGAGGCUGUGUCAAAGAAGUGGCAUGUACUGUAA